AUGCGGAUUGCCAGGGAGCCGGACCUGGCGCAGCUCGCCGCCUUCGUGGGCCAAGGGAGGCUGGCGGUGCUGACGGGCGCCGGCCUCUCCACGGAGUCGGGGAUCCCGGACUACCGCAGCCCCGAGGGCAGCUACUCCAAGGGCCACAAGCCCAUGACGCACCAGGCGUUCCUCUCCUCUGAGGUGAAUCGGAAGCGCUACUGGGCCAGAUCCCUGCGGGGCUGGCGCUUCUUCGACUCGGCGAUGCCCAAUGCGGCGCACCGGGCGCUCAGUGCGCUGGAGCGGAGCGGGUACGUGGAGGGCGUGGUGACGCAGAACGUGGACGGGCUGCACCAAAGGGCGGGGUCCUGGCGCGUGGUGGAGCUCCAUGGCUGCAACGGCCGGGUGGGGUGCCUCCGCUGCGGCCGCGCACGGCCCCGCGCCAGCUACCAGCAGGAGCUGGAGCUGGUGAACGCGGCCUGGAUGGAGCGCUUUCUUCCUCCCCAAGACCUGCUGGAUGUCCGGGCCGACGGGGACGCGCACGUGCGCGUGGAGGACUUCUCAGGUUUCCAGGUGCCGAGCUGCCGCUGCGGAGGCAUCUGGAAGCCCCAGGUGGUGUUCUUCGGCGGCGCCUUGGAGGCCGACACGAAGCAGAGGGCCCAGGCCUUGGUGGACAGCUGCGAGAAGCUGCUGGUCAUGGGGAGCUCGGUGAAGGUCUUCAGCGCCUUCUCGCUGGUUCGCUCCGCGGUGGCCAAAAAGAAGCCGGUGGCCGUGGUGAACAUCGGGGAGACCCGGGCGGACGGCUUGGUGGACGCGCAGAAUGGCCUGCGACUGGCGCUGAGGUGUGGCCAGGCCUUGCAAGAGGUGUGCUGGAGGCUCCAGGCAGCGGAGCCCUUGUACCGGCGCCUGAACAAUGCCCUGGAGUCACCUGAACCCCAGGUCAUCGUCUUCUAUUUGAAGGCAGUGAAGCAGCUCCGCAGCAAGGUGACGCAGGUGGGCGACGCGUGCAUCAUUCCUCUGGCCGUGGGUAGCGACAUCGUGCCUCUGCUCUUGGAGCGGAAGGCGAAACCAGGAAGCGACACGGGCGAGCAUUGCUACCGCCUCACGAUCGUGAACGCCGGGGAUGGGUCGCUCUACCACCGCCAGUCCGCACGCUGCCCGCCCAAGCUGAAGUACCAGACGUGUCUGGUCUUCGAGGGCAUCCCCUGCGAACGCGCGGAGGAUGAGGCCUUUUGGACCACCAUGGUCACGGCCUGCUUGAUCUCCUCGGAGCGGGAGCCCGAGGAGCUGUUCUACGACACCUUUUUGCCCUAUCUCAUCAACGCCCCGGCCGUGGUGGACGUGCUGCACCCUCCUGAGGGCAAGGAGAAGACCUCUUUGAGCGCUCCGGACACGGACUUUCACUCCAAGCCCCGGUGCUUCGGGGCCUGGCGCUCCCUCACGCUGCUCUGGAAGCACCUGCUGAGGACGCGGGCGGAGAUGACGAAGCAGCAGGUGAAGGCGCUGAAGUGGGAGCUGCGGUCCACCUUGGCGCAGAUGUGCCUCCAUGACCUGAAGGCCUCCAAGGGCCUGGACAGCACGGACCUGCGCCUGCUGAAGAUCGGCUGCGGCACUUUGUCCUUCGCCGCGGUGAGGAACCACACCGCCGCCACCGACGUGAGGUCCGACGAGGACACGCUGUCGCUGCCAGCGAGUACCAAGUCGCUGUGGGAGUGCCGCCGGAUCGUGGACUCCAUCGAGGUGGUGUGCUCCCAGAAGCCUCGGACAUACGAGGGCCAGGACGGCAGUGGCGAGUUUGCCUCCUUCCUGGACCUUGACAACGGCGAGGAGAAGACCUGUCAGAGCGCAGUCUUCCCCUUCUUCGACCGGCUUCUGCGACAGGAGGUGUUCCCCGGAAAGCCGAAGGGUGUGGCUGACCAACUGCCCAUCGACCUCUUGGCCUUGCCCGAAAAGGUGAGCUCCAUGACGGAGCUCUUUCGCACGCUGCGCAUCGCCGAGGAGAUCUGCCUGAAGUUGUCCUUCAUCAGCCGGGAGCGGUGCGAGUAUGCGCCCUAUCUCCUGGUCUGCCUCCAGCAGCACCUCUUUACCAAGCUUCUGCCGCUGCCCAGGGGACCCUACUCCACGAAGCAGGAGGAGUGCGACAUUUGGGGCUCUUGGGACACUGCGCACCCCACGGUGACGCGGCCCAUGCAGCUGGACAUGCUGCAGGUGCUGCUGAGACUCACCGAGCUGUUCGUUUGCUCCUCGCUGGAGAUGCGGUGCAAGAGCCACACGGCGCGCGUCUUCGACGCGGUGAAGAUCACGGUGCUGUCCGCGGCCGCGGCCAUGGCGGAUCGCGUCAUCCGGAUUUGGCCCAUGGACGACAGGCUCUUCAAGGCGGACGAGCGGCCCUCGGAGCUCACGCGAGCACUGCACGAAGGCCGCUUCGCUGUGGAUGCGGCUGCCUUCGUAGUGCAGUCCGAGACGAUGGAAGCAUGCUUCCAGGAGCUGGCGAUCACGCGGGCGGCCACGGUGAGUUACUUCCACGAGGUGAUCCAGCAUUACAAGGUGAACCUGGACCGGCGGCGCACGGUCAUCUUCGACUACUCCAUGCACAAGUGGGGCAUGUGGGUGACAGGCGAGCGGGGCACCAUGGCCAUGGUGGAGCGCAUGGCGGCCACGAAGCUGCUGGCGGAUGGGAACCCCCAGAACCUCGUGGCGGGCACAAACGUCAUGAUGCCGCACAUUUGGCCGGAGUUCCAAGCCUAUCGAGACAUUGUCUUCUGGUGGAAGUUCUUCCUCUGCACGGACGUGCGGGUCUUCCCGGAGCCCCGGCAGUUCCACCCCUCGGAGGCCAUCGCCAGGUGGUCCGUGCAGACCGACGACAAGGGCCGGCAGUACUUCAAGGUUUUAGGCCUGGGCAAGGACAACGUGGUGUGGCUCAACGAGCGCACGCCCCCGCAGCCCCCGGCCUCCGGGCACCGCUGGCCCUCCCCGGCGCUGCCGGCCAUGCACACCAAGGGCGAGGUCCGCACGGAGGAUGAUCUGCUCUACCAAAGGUCCUUGCCCAACUUUGCCGACGAGAAGACGGGGCGGCCCAUGCUGCGCCCCUCGGACAGCGAGGCGCUGCUCUCGUACCUCACGGUACCGUACCUCCGGCAGCCGCUGCUGCUGAGCUUCUUCACCACCCAGGACCGCAGCAACUGCCUGCGCCAGGGCACCCUGCAGAAGAUCCUGCAGGCCACAAUGCUGGAGCCAGGCAAGCUGCUGUACCCGCAGGACAUGCACAAGAUCCCGGAGUUUGUGCCCGCCGUGGCAGAGGAGGAGCACCUGGUGGCGUCGCCCUUCAGCCAGAUCCUCACGGAGUUGUCCCAUGGCCCCUCACAGAUCCUGACGGCCGUGGGGAAGCUCAUGGCCCUGACCUUGUCCCUGGCCACCUCGGUGACCUCGGAGACGGUGCCGGCGAUCCUGUUCUCCGUGCGCCUGGCGGUGCGGGUGGAGUCCGCGGCGGCGCUGCUGGCGGAGCACGCGGAGGGGAAGAUGGCGAGGGCCUGGCCACGGCUGCAGGUGACCUCGGCGGUGCUCGAGGAGCUGCGCCGGGGCCGGGCGCUGCUGCGCUCCACCUUCGAGGGGGAGGUCUUGCCGUGGUUCGACCGCUGGCUGGAGGAGCUGGCGGAGUCGGCUCAGCAGGAGCCCAGCCGGGAGGAUGAGUGCAACAGCCUAGCCUGCCGACUUCACGCCCACCAGGUCCUGGUGCUCCGCAACGUGCCGCAGAGCGACUUCAAUUCUGACCGGAUCCGCCGGUUCCUGGCCUCCAUGACCUACCUGUCCUCCCACCACACCUUCAACCAAGAGAGGCUGGAGGUGCCGGAGACGGAGCUCUUCGAAGCCCUGCAGCUGCACCGCCGCUUCAUGGUGAGGUGGCUGGUGGAGCAGAGGCGCAUCAAUGCCAUGCAGGGCUUCAACUCGGUGCUGCGGAGCUGCCAUCAGCAGCUCUCGGCUCUGGGGGACACCUCGGCGCCGGAGACGGCGGGCUUCGAGUGGGUCUGCGUGGGGGACCACUCCGAGUACGAGGGCAGGUUCGGCGUGCUGAGCGAGUCGGCACCAGACAAGGACGCCCAAGGUAGCGAGGAAGCGGCCAAGGCGGCCAAGGCGCCGUCGAAAGACAUCAAGACAGUGAACGCAUCUGACGCUUUCUGGAUCGAGCUGAACGUUCAGCUUCUGCAGGUGACGGUGCGCGGCCGGACCUUGGUGCCCCUAGAGGACCACAUUUGGAACGACGGGGACUUCAGGCACGUCUUCGUGUCUGAGCUGGGGGAGAAGGGCGCCACCCAGAAGACCACGGUGCAGUGCUCUGCUCUGCUGACCUCCUCCAACGCCACGGUGCGAGAGCUGCUGUCCAUCCCCUUCCGGGCCACUUACUGGGCCUCGAAGCCCGCGAACUACUUGCCCUUCAUGGACGAAUGGGAUCGCCUCUACGAUGUGGAGGACCUGGAGGAGGACGAGUUCUGGAUCGCCGAGCUCUUCGAGCCUGUGCGCCAGAAGUUCUUCAUCCCCCCGCCCCCCAAGCGGCCGCCGCUCUUCUUCAUGAAGGACGAGCCCAUCCAGCCAGACACCACGGUGGUGUGCAUGGUGGGCAUGCACCAGGAGGCCAAGGCGCGGAUCUGGAAGGAGAUCUAUCUCUACCGGGAUCGCCGGAUGAUCCAAGUCUUCGGCAUCAGUGGCUACGGGCAGCAGCUCUACCGUCAGCUGGAAUACUCCAGCAAUGCGCGGCUCUGCUUGAGGGAGCUGCAGCCUGCACUGGACGAACGUCCACAGCCGUGGGCAGUCUGGGAACGCUACGAGGCUGGGGGCUCCAGUUGCGACCUCGUCAACCACGACGCUUCCACCACGGUGAGCCGCACAGCUGUCAAAGGCUCUGGCGGGUUCGGUGGGGAGGUUGAGGCUCAGACCGACCCAAUGGACGAUCCCGAGGAGUGGGACGAGGUCAACUCAGGGGGCGAGCGCUCGACCAACGCUGCUGUGAAAGAGGAUGAGCAGGAGCUGGAGGAGGACGGCAUCAUGCGGCGCCGCAAGCCGCUGCGCGCGGUGCCUGCGGAGCUGCUGGCCACCGCCUGCCGCAACGGCCACGAGCUGCAGCCGGAGAAGAAGAAGAGCAACCGCUGCAACUUCUGCAGCGCGAGCGGCACGGCCUACCGCUGCAGGGACUGCGACUACGACCUCUGCGACGCCUGCCAGAGGAACCUCUCCAGGCGCGUCGCGGUGAGGUUCCAGGAGGGCGACCGCAUCAUAGUGAAGGGCAGCGGGUACACCCGCAAGGACGGGGUGGACUGGCGAUUGUGCUUCUACACCGCUAACGACUGCUGCUUCUCCUUCGCCCCCUGCACCCAGCGCAAGUGCAUCCUGCGGAACUCCAUGAUCGAUGCCCAAAAAGGCAGCGAGAUCCGGUCCGGCGGCUGCCCACUGGGCGCCGAGGGCGAGGAGUUCGAGGUGUCCUUUGAGAAGUCCGACGAGGGCUUUGAGCUGAAGAUCAACGGGGAGCGCCAGGCGGAUUUCGACUUCCCCGACCGCUCCGCCGAGGGCGUGGAGUACAUCGGCUUCGACUGCCGCGCCGGCAACAUCAAGGACGUGGAGAUCUGCCACGACCGAAUGCUCACGGAGAAGUCCCCCUUUGAGCGCAUGAUGGAGGUGGGCGAGCAGUACCUGCCGCGCCGCGUUUUCUGGGGACUUCUGCCGGAGGCUCUCCUGGAGGACUACAACUUCUACCAGGAGAACGCCCCGCCACACCGAGUCAUCCGCGGCUACCCGGCCAAGGGACGAUGGCCCUCAGAGCACGAGGAGGAGGAUUUGUUGGAAACGGACGGGAGCAACAAGAAGGUGGACCAUAUCCUCAUUGUGAAGCUGGUGAAGGUCAAGAAGAUCAUGUGCACCGGCAUGCGGGGCUGGGGCGCUGUGAUCAUCAAGCGCUUCAGGGACAACAUGGGCCGCCCGGAUCUCUACUUGCUGGACUUGCUGCACACCAAGGCAGGAUCACCUUUGCACCACCUGGCGGAUGCGUUGUCCAGGGCGGAGAACCUGUCCUACAUCCUGGCGUGGACGGCUACGAACCCCUGGGAGGCGGGGGAGAGCUGUCUGCGAGUGGAGCGCGUGGAGAUGCCCCGGCUGCAGCUGUCCUGGGACGUGCGCCGCGGGCCGAAGGGUGAGCAGCGCUUGUACUCGGUGGAUCACUCCCAGCUCUUCCUGCCGACACGCCCGCCUUUCGGGGCGCGGGCGCAGGCGAUGCAGCUGCUGCAGGCCUUGCCGCAUGCGCUGCUGCUGCAGAGUGAGGACGAGGACAGGGAUGCUCUGAGGCUCUGA